AUGCCAAUCUGUGGAGGCAGUACCAAGAUCAUUCAGCGAAAAAUCGUGAUCCUUGGCGACGGUGCCUGUGGUAAGACCUCGCUUCUUAACGUGUUUACGCGGGGCUAUUUUCCCCAGGUGUACGAGCCCACGGUGUUCGAAAACUACGUACAUGAUAUAUUCAUCGAUGGCCAGUCCGUGCAGUUGUCGUUGUGGGAUACGGCUGGCCAAGAGGAGUUUGAUCGUUUGAGAGCAUUAUCCUACUCCGAUACACAUUGUAUUAUGUUGUGUUUCUCGAUUGAUUCGCCCGACUCUUUAGAAAACGUCCAACUGAAAUGGGUGGGUGAGAUUGCUGACCACUGUGAGGGCGUCAAGCUCGUUUUGGUAGCAUUGAAGUGUGAUUUGCGUAAUGAUGAAGAAGACCUUCUGGCUGCGCCUGCUCGCGAGGAUGAAUCCUUCAAUCCUUACGGUGGUUCGGGCCCUUACUCGCAGCAGAAGCGCUUGAUCUCAUAUGAGGAAGGUUUGGCAGUGGCCAAGAAGGUUGGCGCUUUGAGAUACUUGGAAUGUUCAGCCAAGAAGAACAGAGGUGUCAACGAGGCAUUUUCCGAGGCUGCUCGCUGUGCGCUCAACGCCAAACCCAAGGGGGCUAAUGACAACGAGCCUGAGAAAAAGGGCUGUGUGGUGAUGUAG